CACACUCCUUCAAUUUGCGCCAAUUGAAUGGAUCGCCCCAGAGCCAAGAAACGUCCACAGUCGGCAACUCCCUGGUCGGCAGUUUCAAAACAAGCCACCUUGACCGCGAAUCGUGAACCUGCCGACAACCACGCCCGACGCCCCAAAUGGCCGACAUCUUCGCGCGCAUUCAAAGCGCCACAGACCACGAGGUGCGCACCGUCCUCGCUGGCCUGUGCGCAGACCGCCGCGUGAGGGAGAGCGCAGGUGAGCUGUUCGACCGGCUCGAGCGCGCGUCGAAGCACUACGCCGCGGACGCGUUAUACAUCUGCAUCAACUGCCGCCAGGCGUACGUAGAAGCCCUCAACGCCGCCGGUGGCUGCCGCUACCAUCCCGGCCAUCUGGUGCUGGACCCCGACUCCGACGCCUGGGUGGAUUGCUACGGCGACGAGAUCCGCGACGACGAGGACAUGCGCCGUGACAAUCCCGACGGGUUCGAGUGGAGCUGCUGCGGGAAGAGCGGCUCCGAGCCCGGCUGCACACGCGCCUCGCACAAGCAGGGCGGCGCCAAGAGGGCAAGGACGGGCGGUGCCCACCCGCAGCCAGUCCCCCGGGGGCAGAGCGACGGCGGAAGUGCUAAGAGGGCGAGGGUGGAGUAAUUAUUGACGAGCUGGGUUGAUGAGCGGUGUUGAUGUGAUGCGGUGGCACGCAAUAUUAGUAUGCAGGAAGAUUGAUGGUAUGAGUGAUGAUGGAUUGAAAGUGGGGAGGCUCCCUCCACUGCCAAGAUAUUCUUAGCAGUGUAUAGGGCGCAUAGGCUAUGCAGGGCUAACCCUGUAUAGCGUAACCCUAACCCAGAGCCUUUCCUAGAUGGGGUCAUCAUCUAUUUAUAUAUAUGAUACGGUUCCGGUAUCAAGUGCUAGGCCGUAAGAAAAACAUAGCAGUGCCCUCACUGCGUUGAUCCUCGAAUUGAUCCUCCUUCCCAAUUUG